AUGGAGAUUAGCGGCGGCCGCGGCGGCGACGGCGACGAGCUGGGCGACAUCUUCGGGUCGACGCUGUCACUGGAAGAGGCUCACAAGGAGGAGGGCUACCGGCAGGGCUUCGACGACGGGGUGGCCGCCGGCAGAGAAGAGGCGGAGCAGCUCGGGAUAAAGCACGGGUUCGCCAUCGGCGAGGAAUUAGGGUUCUACCGCGGCUGCGUCCACAUCUGGGAGGCGGCGAUCGGGAUUGAUCCAUCGGCGUUCACAGUUCGCGUUCGGAGAGGAAUCAGGCAGAUCGGAGAGCUGGUGGAGGGCUACCCGAUGCUGGAUCCGGAGAACGAGUCCACCCAGGAUGCCCUAGAGGCGAUACGGCUCAGAUUCCGCGCCGUCACUGCCAGUCUCAGCCUCCGGCUGGAUUUCCCCAAAUCUGGCGACGGCUCCAAAGCGACCGAGUUCUGA